UAUACACACACUUCUACGGUCAUUAUUCAAGCGCUACGGUCACGUGACUACGAAACGAGGGCGCACGUGAGGGUAUUCGAUGGUGGAGGAAAACAUUUCCGGAGAAAUAGGGAAAACGAAUCACCCGAGUUCCCCCGAAUAGCAUCGGAACUCGACGAAAAUGGCCGUGUGCUCAUCGUCUCCUCCACCGAUCUCUCUCCUCGCGCGACCCCUUCGACGCGGUCGAUCCACGCGAUUCCCUGCGACCGCGCGCUUCAGAGCCGCCUCCGACGUCCCCGAUUUCCUCUCCUCCGACUGGCUCAAGUCUCAGAAGAAAAGGCCCUUUGGCCCCAGGCUGGAUCUUAAUGCAGAAGAAGCUGUUCAGUGCCAGCUUGAUGCAUUAAAAUACAAUGAUCAACCUCGCCAAGACUAUGGGAUAGAGGUCAUGUACAGGUUUGCUGGGUUUGACCCUUUUGAAAGAUCUGCCUACUUUGGGCCACAGUUUGAUCUAGGGCAGUUUGAGCGCUUCAGACGGAUAUUUCACCAUUCAACUUACCGGGUUCUGCUUUCUCACAAGGAAAGAAAGAUCUUAAGCAGUUUAUGGGUUAAAGAGAACCGAUUCAAGCAAAGAGUUUGGAUACAAGGAUCGCGUCCAGAGGAAGAAGAGAUCUUUGAAUUUACAAUGGUUCAGAGACUAGGCGGUUCCUGGGACGGUUACUGGUUAACAGAGAGCUUGCUUCAUGACGGAGAUGGUUUUUCUGGUGGCGUGGCUUAUUGAUUAUUAGAUGAUAGAUGAUCAUAUUUGAGCAUCCACUUAACUUUAAUCAUGUAAAUAUGGUUUUAGCCUCUCUAGUGAACCAUGUUGUUGUCCCUCUGUAUGUUGUAAAUGAAGUUCAUACGUACAGGGCUCUACAAAGUAGUUUUGCACCUUCAACAGUUGUACUGAUAUAUAAGAUGAAUUUUUCCAUCAUUUGCGAAA